AUGUAUUCUUGGAUCCCUCUUUUGGCUACCUUUGCGCCUCAGGCAUUGGCGUCUUGUGCUUAUGGAACGCAUCUUCACCGAAGAGCUGAUGCGAUUGAGGCCCCCAAGUUUGGCUACUCAGCUGCCAAUGGACCUGCCAAUUGGUUCAACCUAGACCCCAAGGCCAAUGAGCUUUGCGCAAUUGGAAAGCAUCAGUCUCCCAUUAACCUGUCCAACGGCACCCACAAGAUCCUCUCGGCAUUGGACCUUCAGAUUGAGAUCCCCGACUUCCACGAUGGCGCAGAGUUUGAGAACCUCGGAAGCACCGUCGAAGUCGUCACUGAAGGCAUGGGCGGUAAAAUCACCCUCGAUGACACAGUCUACCACCUGAAGCAGUUCCACUUCCACCUCCCAAGUGAGCAUCUCGAUGACGGUACCAGUAUGGCCAUGGAGAUGCAUAUGGUUCACCAGAGCGAGGACAAGCAACUCGCCGUCAUUGGAAUUUACAUCGAUCUCGACGAUGGACUUCCCAACGCUACCUACAAAGCCAAGGCUGCCGCUCGGGACGCGACCGGCAAGGAUUUCAAGACGACCCACGCUCAAAAAUCCACCGUCGCUACCACCGUCCUCAACUCGGUGGAUAAGAUUGCAACCCUGGGCGAAACUACCCACACCAAGCCUCUCAAGAUGUCCGAGAUCGUCUCUCUUCUCAACGCUGGCGAGUUCCAAUCAUACUCUGGUUCGCUUACUACACCGCCCUGCAGUGAGGGCGUCACUUGGCUGGUCUCCACACAAAAGGUUUCCAUCCCUACCAAGACUUACCUCAAGGCCCGAUCUGUUAUUGGCUACAAUGCUCGCUUCCCUCAGAACUCCCCUGGAGAGGAGAAUGUUUUGAGUAUGCUUGCUGACGAGGUUGAUGACGACUCUGAGUAA